AUAGAUAUAUGUACACACAUACAAGCUGUGAGACGACUGCAACUGAAGAAGAAGAAGAAGAAGAAGAAGAAGUAGUAGUAGUAAAAAGAAAAAGAAUAAAAAUAAGAAGAAGAGGAAGAAGAAGAAGAAACGUCGACGCGUCGUUGGCAGUGAACGACCAACGACGACGACAACGACGAACAACGGUUAAAAGACGAAUACGAAGACACGACCACAAGAUCGUUGGGAUAAUUGACGCUUAUUCUCUUUUCUCAUUGGAUGUUGUUGUCUAUUCCACUUCAAAUCUCAUCUCGUUCCAAAGAAAUAAGAACUAUUUUCAAGGAUAAAUUAAAUUCUCGUAUAACCGAGCAAGAAGAAGAAGAAGAAGAAAAAGAAAAAGAAGAAAAAAAAGAAAAUAGUGAACACAAAUAACGCGAACAUGCCGAUGGAAUUUUUAGAUCGAAUACCCGUACCCAAUUUAAGAGUUUACACGAGCCUAAGCUUCGCUGUACUCUCUUGUUCCGUUUAUUAUGCCGCCCAAGUCGUAAAGGAUCCAGCAUGGAGAACAAAUCAUACUAGCAUAGUCGAGGGCAUCACUGAUGUAAUAGAAAAUGGCACAACAACUUCUCCAAGAAGUAUUGGUAUGCACUUCAAAGAGUUAAUGGCCUUCAUGGUUCAGGAUCCUGGUUGCAUUUGGACUUUGAUAAACAUGGCUUACUGCGUACUGAUACUUCUUGGAAAAUCAGUUCAAAAAUUAGUCUUCGGUGAGCUACGGGUUUCCGAGAGGCAACAUCUAAAAGACAAAUUCUGGAAUUUUGUCUUUUACAAAUUCAUAUUCGUUUUUGGCGUACUCAACGUACAAUACAUGGACGAGGUUGUACUUUGGUGUGCAUGGUUUACUGCUCUUGGAUUUCUAAGCUUGCUCAGUCAACUUUGCAAGGAUCGAUUCGAAUAUUUAUCCUUUUCUCCUACCACACCAGGAUGGAGUCACGCACGACUUCUUGGACUUUUGGCAGCAAUUCUAGCACUUUCUGCAUUUAUGCUCCUAUUGUGCACCGCUGCAGUCUUCUUUUUGGUGACCUUCAAUACUUUUGCCUUCAUGGCAGCAGAGUGUAUAUUAUUGGCAGUCCGUACUAUUCACGUCAUGUUGCGUUAUGUGAUUCACCUGUAUGACACGCGCGGAGCCGGUACGUCUUCUCAACGUUCAUGGGAUAAACGUGGACCCUUGACCUAUUACACGGAUUUGACGUCAGAACUGACUGCAUUGGCCGUUGAUUUCUGUCAUCACAUUCACAUGCUACUUUGGAGUAACAUUUUCCUUAGUAUGGCAUCCCUGGUCAUAUGUAUGCAACUACGUUAUCUGUUUUACGAGAUUCAACGAAGAAUUACUAAACAUAGGAACUAUCUUGCUGUACUAAGUCACAUGGAACAAAAUUAUCCAAUGGCAACGCAAGACGAAUUGGCAGAUAAUUCAGACAACUGUGCAAUUUGUUGGGAAAAAAUGGAAUCGGCUCGUAAGUUACCUUGUGGACAUUUGUUCCACAAUUCUUGUCUGCAGUCAUGGUUGGAACAGGACACUUCCUGUCCUACGUGUAGGUUGGCACUUAGUAUGCAAGCCAACCAUAGGGAGAGUUCACCUGAAUUACCGUUAGAACCACAAACGCCAACAAGAAGGAACGAUAAUCAUUUCUUCCAUUUCGACGGAUCCCGAUAUGUUUCUUGGCUACCAAGUUUUUCUGUUGAAGUAUCGCACAAUCGUGUACGCGGUAAUAUUUUCACCUCGACUCAUAGUAAUUCUCAAAUGGAUGCAAUGGCUAGACAGGUACAACAGCUCUUUCCACACUAUCCGCACAAUAUGAUAUUAGAAGAUCUGAGAAUUACACGAUCUGUCGAAUGGACCAUCGAAAACAUACUAGACGGUGUGUUGACUUUACCUCAUCACUUAAUCGAGGAACCGCAAGCAGAAUUCGUCUCGCAAACGCAAACACAAACGUCCACAGCACACAUCGUUCCCACACCUACUAUCCAAAACACUUCAGAUCCAAGGCUUGACAUUCCUAUUGCUGAUAGCGGAGAAGAACCAUCCAAUCUCGGCGGACGUUUUUCAAAAUCAUCGAUCGAAAGGGAAUUAAUUCUUCAACGUCGAAAGGAACAUAUGCGGAUGACGGCACGCAGAAAGUAUCUCGAGAAAUAUCGAAAAGAUUCAUUGUCGAUAUCACCGUUUGCAUCACCGUCGUCGUCGUCAUCGUCAUCGCCGUCAUCGCCGUCAUCGUCGUCGUCGUCGUCGUCAUCGACAAAUGAAGAAGAAACACCAAUUGUAACAACAACUUUAACAACGACAACGACGACGACAACAACGACGACGAGUUUGCAAGAUAAUGGAUAUGUUGUUGAUGAAACUAUGUCUUAGAAAACGGGCAAAUUCAUUUAACGGAUUUAUCUUUUGGAGAAGCAGAUCAAAGAGAUUCGUGAGAGAUUUAUACUUGACAGGAGUUAAACUCUCCGUAAAAAAGAUAAUAUAUAAAGCAGAUAAUUAGCUUUGUCUCUCCGAUUGAUGAGAGAGAAAGAAAGAUGAGAAAGAGAAAGAGAAAGAGAGAAGUGGGACACACAUACGAAAUGUAAUGAAAUGAAAUGAAAUGAAAUGAAAUGAAAUGAAAUGAAAUGAGAAACGAAACGAAACGAAACGUGUGUGUAUGUCAUAGGAUUCUUAAACGCACGAUCGAUUGGGAAAUUUCUAAAUUGGAUUGAUAUUAAAUAGAAGUGAUAUAAUAUAAUAAUAUUUUAACAAUUUAUUACGAGAUAAUUAUGGGAUUUCUUAUAUUUAUAAUAAUGC